AUGUAUAUUUCCGGAAGUGAAUGUUCAGAGGCCGGUGUUUCAUAUGUGCUACAUAUGUCGGACGAAGAAGAAACGGUGGUGACUGCAGGCGAAGUUUUAGAAAAACACCCUGAACUUUUGGAAUUAUAUGAAUGUCUCAAUAAUUCCUUAAUUAACUUUCCUUCAAGUCCACUUCAAUCCAAAACAAUGCCUAACGGUCAACAGAAACUUAUGAUAUAUUUUAUAGACAAUGCGGCGCUUGAUCUUCUUGAAUCCUGUCAAAGUCAGCACUAUCAUCCACCUGAGCAACACAUUCAGCGACUAAUGGACACUAUUGUAAGCGAUCAAGUUGACGAUGAUAUUGCAUCAAGAUCCUAUAAAGUUUUACAACAUGUGUUACAAACAAGUGGUAAUGCAGCAUUUCAAAAUAUUUGGACCUUUGAACAAUUGGACGCAGAACAAGGUACCUUGUGGGAAAAUUAUGUAAACUUUUGGAAAUUUAUUGAAAACCUAUUUACUUCUCUUACAAAGGUUGAUAAAUCUGACAGAAUUAUGAUGUUAUUGGAUCACAUAGUAAGUGUAAUAGAGAUUGAUAUCAAAGUCAAGAAAGAGGAAUUAAAUUCCACACUGCUAUUGAAACUUAUUCCGAAAAGCUACGGAAGAGUCCGUACUAAUAUAAAAGAUCUUGUAAAUGCUUUGUUAUCUCCAUUUCACGAGGAAGUUUCCAUUGAAACCGCUCGAUUAUCUCAGAGAAUAUUGAAGCAGAUAAUUAUUCUUUCACAUGCAGGUCAUAUUUGUUCAUCUAGCUUAAUUACUGAAAUAUAUCAACAAAUGAACAAAUUUAAACGAUCCCAACUCAAAUUAUUUCUUCAGACAAUGCUAUCAAGCACGUUUAAGUGUAUGCUGCUUGAUCUUGCUCUUCGUAAUACAGACUUUUCCCGUAUUCCACGUCAAAAUAGGGCCAUGGUCACUAGUCCUUUAAGUUUUGUAAAAUUCGUGAAUAUCUAUUUUGACUCUAAACCAUAUAAUAAGAAUGAUCCUACCUCAUUAUGGCGGCAUAUUUUUAUAUUGUGUUCCGCAUUCCAAAGUUAUGUGGAUAGUAAGACAAUGCGAGUUGGUCACAAGGUCUUUUGUGGAUUAAAUGAUGAAGAACGAAAAUUAAUUAUUGAUAAAGUAAUAAAUGAACGGGUAGCAGAAUUGAAGAAACGGAUUGAUGGUGAAAAGAUGGACUCUGAACUCAAAAAAAAUACAAAGUUUCUUUUGGAAAUAAUGAAUAUCGAUAUUGAAAGAAUUUAUAGGUGUCUUGAAAACUCCGAAUGA